ACCUUGGAUUUUCAAUACUCUGAAGGCUGAUUAUUUGGCAGGAUCCUGUUUCAGCGAGAAGUGUGAACCAUGCAGUGGAUAAAAUUUCUCUGCAUAACCGUACUACUGCUAACCAUCGUGACGGCCAGUUCCGAUGCUAUUGACAACACUUCAACCGACGACUCGCAAAGUAAUGACUCUGAUCUGAAACGAAUACGAAUAGAUCCCGUGCUGCGGAAAGCAUUGCUCCGUGCGCUGCGACAUUUGAAAGAGCGACAGGAGGAAGUGGAGGAAAGUGAACAACUGACUGAUUCGAAUACAACCGAAGAGAAUUUCGCAACCACUAUUCUCGAUGAAAUUCUUGAGGAGAGUACAGGCCACGAUCGAAUCCCUAACGUUAGGUAUCACAGCUACACAGCAGAUACCGAAGGGGACAAGGGUGAUAACGAAAUCAUCAAAACAAUAAUUAUUAGUAAGCCAAAAACUACUCUCGUCCCGCCUAAACCUGAUUUACUGCAGCCGAUUGUCCCCGAUCCGAUCAAGGAACAAGAAAACGAUGUUGAUUCCAACCAAGUAACUCGUAGCGUGGCUUCCGGAUCAAACAACAACCUUGACGUAUCAAGAGAUGAAAGACCGAUAACCGGCGACAAAAACAUUGCUAUUGUCACCCCAGAACCGGAUACAACUGCCACAGUACAAUCCGCUUCAACGGAAAGCGUCACUACAACCAGCACGACUACUCCGAAAGCUCCGACCCACAAUGCUGACGGAGAAAACAUAGAAAAAGUGAAAAGCGAAGAUGUCAAAAUCUACCAAGCGCCGCUGGUCGCCGCAUUUACGGUUCAGCAAGAUCAGCAGGGUAUCCCGCGGAAUGUCAUUCCGCUGCUGCAGUCUCCGCCGAAAAAGAAUGCCCCAGAAUUCAAAUCGCCUACUCCAGUUCCGAUACCCGUCGUUCAAUCUGCCCCGGUUGUCGCCCAAGCACAGCCACCAGCUGGAGUCAGUACUGUGGGUCAGUUAAACACGCGUGCUCUCGAAGAGAAAAAUCGCAUUCUAGAGCAACAAUUGAUCACUCUUCAAACUCAGCAGCGUAUUCAAGAGCAGUUACUGCGAACAAAAAUCAUUCAAGAACAGCAGAUCAUCCUACAGCAGCAACAACAGCUACAGCAGCAAAGGUUCCGUCUGGAAGAAGAGACCCGUCUAAGGUUGCAAAAAUUUGAAGAAGAGCAGCGUUUCUUCCGGCAGCAGCAGCAACAACUGCAGCAACAACAAUUUAAACUGCAACAGCAACAGCAGCAGCAACAGAUCUUCAAAUCGCUACCCGUACAGCAGCAGCAACCAAUCAUCCAGCAAUCCCAGCAGCUUCAACAGGUGUCUCUGCAGCAGCAACCACAAUUCAUUCAGGAGCUGCCGCGUAACAGUCCCGCGGUUCAAUUCAUCCCAAGCGUCUCCUUGCCUGGCAAAGCGAUCCCAAUUUCGGUGGAACAGCAGCUUCCGUUCAAGGAACCCGUUGAAUUCCAACCAUUUUCGCUUCGAAACUCAUUCGUCGAACAAGUCAAAUCGAUCAGUCAACCCAUUCAGUCACAAUUCCCAAUCAUUCCUCCAUCACCUCCACAACUCUCCAAACAACAACUUCUUCCUCUAAAACCAUUCCAACAAUUUUCAGUUAAUCCUUUUCCGGCCCCACCAGUAAUUCAGUCCCAGCUACCUCUUGACCAGCAGCUCCCUCUAGUGCAAAGGAAUCGCGUCUUCCGUCACGAAGUCGGUACGGGGAAUUUCGGACUUAACUUACAACAACCACAACCUCAAUCCGAAAUCCAAACCAACAUCCCUUUCCGUGCUUCACAACCUGUUCCAAUUUUCGCACAAAACGGAGGCUUCACACCUCUACGUAACGACAACCAGUUGCAGAAUCUGCUGGUUCAAUCAGGUAUCACGUCUCGCUCGGCGGAAGAUUUCAACAUCAUCACCAAGGUGCUAGCCCUUAACCAUGGCAUCCCACAAUCAUCAAGCCAGCUGAUGUUCGCUAAGCUCAGUCCCGAACAGCAGCACCAGUUACUGUUCAGGAAAAAGUGAACAUCCCACUUCUGCUUCCCCAGUUCUUUGUCUUCUGUUCUCUAACU